AACGUUUAGAGGUUAGUUGAAAACCGAAAUCGUACUUUUGGAGCUCUGUAGACAAUGGCAACCGGAAUAACUCCUGCUUUAGCUCUACGCUCAUCUACUGGAGUAGAGGUAUGGAAGUCGAACGGGUUCAAGACUCCGUUCAUUCCGGACACGGAAUUUGUUCGAGAUGAGAGCAAAUUGUGUCGUGCUAUUGUUUAUAGUCCAAAUGGUCGAUUUCUAGCGUGGGCCAACGGUUCAACGGUCCAGAUCUGCACUGUUUCUGACUGGAAAGUUCAACAAAAGUUUCCACGGCCAAAGGCUUUCUACCUCAAGUUUACUCCGCGCAGCACUUAUUUAAUGACCUGGGAAAUUUACACGGAGAAUCCUAAGGAUGAAAUCAAGGAGAAGCCAAAUUUGUUUUUAUACGAUGUGGCCAGCGGAAAGGAAGUAUUUUCAAUCAUUCAGAAACGGCAUGCUGACUGGGAAAUGCACUGGGCAGCGGAUGAGAGUCUCUUCGCUCUAAUGGUCGGUGGUGAAGUCUUGUUUUAUGAAAUGCAGCCAAACUCCGAAUUUCCAACCAAACCUGUAAAACGGUUCGGCGGAGUCAGAAAUGGUGGCGUUUCAGUGUCUCCAGGACCUAGCCCUCCUUUCGUGGCUUUUUAUGUGCCGGGAUCGAAAGGAGCACCAUCGAUGUGCCGUAUGUUCCGUUAUCCAAAUCUGGAAAGCAAUCAACCAAUUGCCUCGAAGAGCUUCUUUCAAGCCGAUAAAGUUGAAAUGAUGUGGAACCAAAAGGGGAAUGGAUUGUUGCUGUUGACCAGUACAGACGUAGAUCAAACGGGUGUUUCUUAUUAUGGGAAAACGGCAUUACACUUUAUGACCACCAAAGGAGACUCAUUUGCUGUCCAGCUCAACACCGAAGGUUCGAUCCAUGCUGUUGCGUGGAGCCCCCGUUCAACUGAAUUUUGUGUAGUGUACGGUUUUAUGCCAUCGAAAGCGACACUUUUUAACCUCAAAUGUGAUGCCGUUUUUGAAUUCGGAACCGGCAACAGGAACUCGAUAUAUUACAACAAUUUUGGUAAUUUACUGAUUUUUGGAGGCUUUGGAAAUCUUCCAGGGUAUAUCGAAAUCUGGGAUCUGAAUGAAAAGAAAAAAAUCACUGAACAUAAAGCGCCCGACACUACAUUGCUAGAAUGGAGCCCAGUUGGUGAUGUGUUUUUUACUGCCACAACUGCUCCAAGACUGCGAAUGUCUAACGGAUUCAAGAUUUGGCAUCACACUGGAGCACUAUUGCAUGAAACUCAUUGGCCAGAAAAGCAAGAACUAUUAGAAGUAUCUUGGCAGAAAUACGCUCCUGGGACGUUCAAGGAGAACGUUAUAAGCAAGGAAAAGAUAGAGGGAAUCGCAUCUAGAACUCCACAGGCCAGCAAACAAAAAUACGUUCCGCCGGGUAUGCGGAAUAACUCAGGUGCUGGAAGUGGAGAAACACCAACAUCAUCAUCGACAACUGCACGAGCGCCAAUUCCAGGCCUUCCGCCUGGAUAUCGCUCUACUGCGCAACUGAAAGAUAAAAAGCAAAAAAAUAAAAACAAAAAUAAAACUAAUGAAUCUGCCAACGGACAAAAUGAUCGCGCUAUUUCGGCUGGCGUUAACGACACUGCUGGUGGUGGACAGAAAAAGAAAUUUCGGCCAAAAUCAGCUCCGAAUCCACAAUCCGUUGACGGUGAAACUGUAGAAACGCCAAAGCGACCCCAAGCAACAAGUAAAGAUCCCGAAAAGGACAAAAAGGUCAAAAAUAUCAACAAGAAACUAAAAGAUAUUAAAUUGCUGAAGGAAAAAAACGAUCGUGGUGAAAAACUGGAACUGACUCAGAUCGCCAAGAUGAACUCUGAAGCUGAUCUAUUGAAGGAACUAAAGGCGCUUAAGGCAUCAUAAAACUUGUAUUGUUUUAAGUAUUUCCUGACGUGUCCCACAAUACACUCACUUUAUCCUAAACUCACUGAAUAGCUCAUUUUCAUAAUAAUUUCUGCUGUCCAGAAGCAUGCCUUUUUUCAAAUUUUUCACGUACAGUUUUAUUUUAAAACAAAUGAUUUUGACCGAACAUACUUAUAAAACUUGGGUAAGUAUGCAAUUACUAGCUGCGGAAGCGACUAAAUUAUCUCACAUUUUUUUUCCAAUGAGUAAUUUAAAUUUAUAUCAAUGAGACGAAAGACUAAAAACUACAUUCUGAAAUCAAGCAUUCAGCAGAACAGCAGUGUAAAACUAAAUAGAUAGUGCGCAGAACAAAGUAGUGGAUGUGAGAUCAGCCUUUCUGUCUUUAUAAAAUCCUAAAUGACUUCGAAUAAAACUCGUCGU